CCCGGGAGCCAGCUAGCUGGGAGAGCGGGACUGUCCGGAGCAAGCUCAGAGGCGGAGGAGGCGACAGAGAGAAAAACGGCCGAGCUAGCAGCUCCAGUGCUGUACAGGAGCCGAAGGGACGACCACGCCAGCCCCAGCUCGGCUCUGGCGACAGCCAACGCCUCUUUAAGCGCGGCGGCUUCGAAGCCGCCGCCCCUGAGCUGCCCUUUCCUCUUCGGUGAAGUUUUUAAAAGCUGCUAAAGACUCGGAGGAAGCGAGGAAAGUGCCUGGUAGGACUGACCGCCGUCUUUGUCCUCCUCCUCUCCACCCCGCCUCCCCCCUACCCGCACCUACCCCGCUUCUCUCCCGCAGCUGCCUCAGUCGGCUACUCUCCGCCAACCCCCCUCACCACCCCUCUCCCCCGCCCCCCGUCGGCCCAGCGCUGCCGGCCCGAGUUUGCAGAGGUAACUCCCUUUGGCUGCGAGCGGGAGAGCUAGCUGCACAUUGCAAAGAAGGCUCUUGGGAGCCAGGCGACUGGGGAGCGGCUUGGGCACUGCAGCCACGACCUGCCCGGGUAGGCUGCACGCGGAGAGAAUCCUCUGUUUUCCCCUACUCCCUCCCCACGUCCUUCUGCCUUCCCUACCCCCAGUGCAGAGCCAGAGAGCAAAAGAUGAAAAGACAGUGAGGGCUUCAGUAGCCUAAAAACCAAAAACAAAAACAAAGAAAACAAAACAAACAAAAACCAAAAAGCCGAAACAAAAGAAAAAGAUAACUCGGCUCUUAUUGCAUCUAUUUCAGUAGACACUGAAUUUGGAAGUGGAGGAGUUUGUUUUUUCUUUGGGGCAUCAUCUACCCUUCAAGUAUUCAGAGACUGACUGUGAGCCUAGCAGAGCAGAUCUUGUUCACCGUGUGUCUUCUUCUGCACGAGACUUUGAGGCUGUCAGAGCGCUUUUUGCGUGGUUGCUCCCGCAAGUUUCCUUCUCUGGAGCUUCCCGCAGGUGGGCAGCUAGCUGCAGCGACUACUGCAUCAUCACAGCCUGUUGAACUCUUCUGAGCAAGAGAAGGGGAGGCGAGUUAAGGGAAGUAGGUGGAACAUUCAGCCAAGCUCAAGGAUGGAGGUGCAGUUAGGGCUGGGGAGGGUCUAUCCUCGGCCGCCGUCCAAGACCUACCGAGGAGCUUUCCAGAAUCUGUUCCAGAGCGUGCGUGAAGUGAUCCAGAACCCGGGCACCAGGCACCCAGAGGCCGCGAGCGCAGCACCUCCAGGCGCCAGUUUGCAGCAGCAGCAACAGACUAGCCCCCGGCAGCAGCAGCAGGGUGAGGAUAGUUCUCCCCAAGCCCAUGGUAGAGGCCCCACAGGCUACCUGGCCCUGGAUGAGGAACGGCAGCCUUCACAGCCGCAGUCAGCCCCGGAGUGCCACCCCGAGAGAGGUUGUGUCCCAGAGCCUGAAGUCGCCGUUGCCGCCGGCAAGGGUCUGCCGCAGCAGCUGCCAGCACCUCCGGACGAGGAUGACUCAGCUGCCCCAUCCACGUUGUCCCUGCUGGGCCCCACUUUCCCCAGCUUAAGCAGCUGCUCCGCCGACCUUAAAGACAUCCUGAGCGAGGCCAGCACCAUGCAACUCCUUCAGCAACAGCAGCAGGAAGCAGUAUCCGAAGGUAGCAGCGGCGGGAGAGCGAGGGAGGCCUCGGGGGCUCCCACUUCCUCCAAGGACAGUUACUUAGGGGGCACUUCGACCAUCUCUGACAGCGCCAAGGAGUUGUGUAAGGCAGUGUCAGUGUCCAUGGGCUUGGGUGUGGAGGCAUUGGAGCAUCUGAGUCCUGGGGAUCAGCUUCGGGGGGAUUGCAUGUACGCCUCAGUUCUGGGAGUUCCACCCGCUGUGCGUCCCACUCCUUGUGCCCCAUUGGCCGAAUGCAAAGGUUCUCUGCUGGACGACAGCGCAGGCAAGAGCACUGAAGAUACUGCUGAGUAUUCCCCUUUCAAGGGAGGUUACACCAAAGGACUAGAAGGCGAGAGCCUGGUCUGCUCUGGCAGCGGUGCAGCAGGGAGCUCCGGGACACUUGAACUGCCAUCCACUCUGUCUCUCUACAAGUCCGGAGCACUGGAGGAGGCAGCCGCCUACCAAAGUCGCGACUACUACAACUUUCCACUGGCUCUGGCCGGGCCGCCGCCCCCUCCGCCGCCUCCCCAUCCCCACGCUCGAAUCAAGCUGGAGAACCCGCUGGACUACGGCAGCGCUUGGGCGGCUGCAGCGGCGCAGUGCCGCUAUGGAGACCUGGCGAGCCUGCAUGGCGCGGGUGCAGCGGGAUCCGGCUCUGGGUCACCCUCAGCCGCCGCUUCCUCAUCCUGGCACACUCUCUUCACAGCCGAAGAAGGCCAGUUGUAUGGGCCGUGUGGUGGGGGCGGCGGCGGCGGCGGCGGCGGCGGCGGAGCAGGCGAGGCAGGAGCUGUAGCUCCCUAUGGCUACACUCGGCCGCCUCAGGGGCUGGCGAGCCAGGAAGGCGACUUCCCUGCACCCGAUGUGUGGUACCCUGGCGGCGUGGUGAGCAGAGUGCCCUAUCCCAAUCCCAGUUGUGUCAAAAGCGAGAUGGGCCCCUGGAUGGAUAGCUACUCCGGACCUUACGGGGACAUGCGUUUGGAGACUGCCAGGGACCAUGUUUUGCCCAUUGACUAUUACUUUCCACCCCAGAAGACCUGCCUGAUCUGUGGAGAUGAAGCUUCUGGGUGUCACUAUGGAGCUCUCACAUGUGGAAGCUGCAAGGUCUUCUUCAAAAGAGCCGCUGAAGGGAAACAGAAGUACCUGUGCGCCAGCAGAAAUGAUUGCACCAUUGAUAAAUUCCGAAGGAAAAAUUGUCCAUCUUGUCGUCUUCGAAAAUGUUAUGAAGCAGGGAUGACUCUGGGAGCCCGGAAGCUGAAGAAGCUUGGUAACCUGAAACUACAGGAGGAAGGAGAGGCUUCCAGCACUACUAGCCCCAAUGAAGAGACAACCCAGAAGCUGACAGUGUCACACAUUGAAGGCUAUGAAUGUCAGCCCAUCUUUCUAAAUGUCCUGGAAGCCAUUGAGCCAGGUGUGGUGUGUGCUGGACAUGACAACAACCAACCCGACUCCUUUGCAGCCUUGCUGUCUAGCCUCAAUGAACUGGGAGAGAGACAGCUUGUACAUGUGGUCAAGUGGGCCAAGGCCUUGCCUGGCUUCCGCAACUUACACGUGGACGACCAGAUGGCUGUCAUUCAGUACUCCUGGAUGGGGCUCAUGGUGUUUGCCAUGGGCUGGCGGUCCUUCACCAACGUCAACUCCAGGAUGCUCUACUUCGCCCCUGAUCUGGUUUUCAAUGAGUACCGCAUGCACAAGUCCCGGAUGUACAGCCAGUGUGUCCGAAUGAGGCACCUCUCUCAAGAGUUUGGAUGGCUCCAAAUCACCCCCCAGGAAUUCCUGUGCAUGAAAGCUCUGCUACUCUUCAGCAUUAUUCCAGUGGAUGGGCUGAAAAAUCAAAAAUUCUUUGAUGAACUUCGAAUGAACUACAUCAAGGAACUCGAUCGUAUCAUUGCAUGCAAAAGAAAAAAUCCCACAUCCUGCUCAAGGCGCUUCUACCAGCUCACCAAGCUCCUGGACUCUGUGCAGCCUAUUGCAAGAGAGCUGCAUCAGUUCACUUUUGACCUGCUAAUCAAGUCACACAUGGUGAGCGUGGACUUUCCAGAAAUGAUGGCAGAGAUCAUCUCUGUGCAAGUGCCCAAGAUCCUUUCUGGGAAAGUCAAGCCCAUCUAUUUCCACACCCAGUGAAGCACUGGAAGCCCCCAUUUCCCCAUCCCACUCCGUACCCUCUUUCAGAUGUCUUCUGCCUGUUGUAACUCUGCACUACUCCUUUGCAGUGCCUUGGGGAAUUUCCUCUAUUGAUGUACAGUGUCAUGGACAUGUUUCUGAGUUCUAUUUGCUGGGAUUUUUUUUUCUUUGUCUCCUUUCUUUUUCUUCUUCCUUCCCUAUCUGACCCUCCCAUGGCACCUUCAGAUUUUGCUCCCCGUUGUGGCUCCUAUCUGUGUUUUCAAUGGUGUUGUAUGCCUUUAAAUCUGUGAUGAUCCUCAUGUGGCCCAGUGUCAAGUUGUGCUUGUUUACAGCACUACUCUGUGUGCCAGCCACACAAACGUUUACUUAUCUUAUACCACAGGAAGUUUAGAGAGCUCAGAUUAUCUGGGGAAAACAAAAACAAAAACAAGCAAAC